AUGGGUAAAUUAAUAUUAAUAAUUGAAUAUUUGGAGUAGAAUAAAAAGUGGAUUGUAAUAUAAAAUAUCGAGGUUGAUUUUUUAGGCUAGCGAUUGUGCUUUAUCAACGAUAAUCUUUUCACAUUUUAACCCAGCGAUGGCAAUUUGAUGUAUGUUUAUGAGAUGAAUAGUGUAAGUAGUGAGUUCAUGAAAACUAACAUAUUGAUGUAAAUCAAGGUAAUGAUAGUUUUAUAUUUUUCCCAUCGUAAUAUAUUAAAUCAAUAUAGUUACUUGUGAGUAAGCAUGAAAAUUAUAUCAAUUUAAUAAGAAGGAUAGAUAAUGAUAAAUUUUAAAUUGAGUAAUCUAUUUAAUUUGAUAGUAAAGAUUUAUAUGGGUAAAUAAGCCAUGAUGGAUGGUAUUUGAUCACUUGGGAUAACAUAUCUAAAGAAAUAUAAAUUAGGAGAUGCAUAUUAUAUAUGAAAUUUUAGAAGUGA